UCGGUUUCACUGAGCCAGUCUGCAAGCCAAGAGGUAAGCAUCUGAAUUAUGAUAGGUUUCUUAUAGGUUGUUAUCCAAGACCUUAGACUGAAGCUGACCAGUGUUUUUCAUGUACAGAAUGACUCCAGGAUCCACGUGCGCGUCGGUAGGAAGGAAUGGGGCAUUUAAAUCUAACUGGAGUUCAGCAUUAGAUCUCAAGUCUGGAUCCACAGACAUCACCAAAAGCCAGCAAAUCAAAUGCAACAGAGAAUUUGAGCUUGACAGCACAGAAUCGGCGACGAAGGAACGCUCAUCUACCGUCAACGAAGAGAACACAAGAAGUAAAAGAAUGAAGAAAAGGAUGCCAGUUAAAUCAGCUAGCAGACAACGUGGGAAUCGCAGAGUGAAGGCAAAUGACAGAGAAAGGCAUCGCAUGCAUAAGCUGAACUCCGCCCUGGAUACUCUCAGAAGCGUGCUUCCAACUUUUCCCGAUGACGCGAAACUGACUAAAAUUGAGACUUUGAGAUUCGCGCACAACUACAUUUGGGCAUUGUCGGAAACACUGAGACUUGCAGACCACGUCCGACAAACUUCAAAUCACGAUCGGGAUCAGGAGAACCUCACUGUGCAAAAUAUUUGCUUGGAUACGCGUUUUAGCGCGUGUAGCGCACGCGCGUCCAAAUGGCACUCCACAAACUCAUCCUCAAAUUGGCAAGAAACUGAAGGCUACUACGCUGACAUGUUACUAGAGGGAUUUAACUGCAAUUUUCGGGACAAUCUGACAUUUAAUCUGAUCUGCGAGUAGCAAAGCUUGUCCCUUGCUGUAAAGACCACGAGAAUGACUUAAGUGUAGAAAUUUUAUUUCCAUUUACGCCUUAUGAAAAACGUCAUGAUUUAAUCCCUUAAAUUAUUCAAAUUAUUUAUUAUACGUUACCAGUCAUUUUUAUACGCAA